AUGCACGGCACACCUCACUGGGUGGCGGUGGAGGCGGAAGCGGGCGCGGUGGAUGGCCACACCAGUGGCAACGCCGCCGCCGCCGCCGCCGGUGUCAGCUGCCGCCGCCGCCACCGCAGCAGUGGUGCGCCGCCGCGGCCACCUACCCCGGCGGACGCCAGUGGCAUCGGCGGCGGCGCCGCCGCAGUUGAAGGAACCGACGCCGACGCGUCGGUCAAGGAGGAGGUUCGGAUGUCGCUACUGCUGCCGCUAAGGAUGCCGCACCUGUUCCAGGGUAUUCGUCAGCCCGCCAGCAACUUCUUAUUGUAUGGACCGCCAGGGACUGGAAAGACCAUGCUGGUCGAGCGCAUCGCUGCGGAAGCGGGAGCGACUCUGUUGGUGCUCACGCCCGGUGCAAUACUUUCAAAAUGGAGCGGCGAGAGUGAGAAACAGCUGCGGGCGGUGUUCGAGGUAGCUCGCGUCAAACAGCCGUGUAUCGUGUUCAUGGACGAGGUGGACAGUCUUGCGCCGACCCGUGGGUCAGGGGACGACCCCAUUGGGCGCCGACUGCUCAACGAGCUGUUGGUUCAGAUGUCCUGUCUGGCGUCUUCAUCGUCAUCAUCAGGGCCGGGGGAGACCCCCGGGGGAUUGUUGAAAGCAGCGGAUGCGAGAGCAACAGCAGUAGCAGGCAAAGAGGCUCGAACCUCUGCAACAACAGCAGCAGUAGCAACAGCCACCGCGGUGGCGGCAGUGACGUCGAGUGCUAGAGACAGGGGUACUGGAAACGGCGCUGGUGGUGGAGCUGGUGGAGUCGGGUUGGGAACAUGCAGCCCGACGGGAGUGUACGUCUUCGCGGCCACGAACCGCAUCCAGGACUGUGACCCGGCGCUGCUGCGCCGCUUCGACCGGCGGGUGGCGGUGCCAUUGCCUGAUCUGGCAGCGCGGGAGGCAUUCCUAGCCGCCGUACUGACGAGGCCCGAGCUGGCGGGACAGCACUCCCUGGACAGUGGGGAAGUACGGCAGCUAGCGGAGAGGACGGCGGGCUACAGCGGUAGCGACCUGACCCAGCUAUGCCGCGAGGCCGUCAUGCAACCAGUGCGGGAGCUGCUCAGGCAGAUGGCGGCGGCAGGGGCAUGGGGCUGGGGAGGGGGGGGGGACGGAGGUGGCGGCGGUGGCGGUGGGGCCGUGGUAGCGGGACCCCGGCCGCUGGCGCUGCGGGACUUCGAGUGGGCCCUGGGGGAGAUUCAGCCCGUGGCGCUGUAG